AUGCUACGUGUAAAUGGAAAUCUGCCAAAAAAAAUUUAUGGUGGAAAUACAGUUUCUAUAAUUGAUAAUCCAUGGCAAGUAUCGAUACAAAUUAGAAAUCAACAUAUUUGUGGAGGUGCUAUUAUUUCAAUGAAUUUCGUUUUAACUGCUGCAAGUUGUGUAACAUCUCAACCUAAUAUAGUAUAUGGCAACAUUGAAGUAUUGAGUGGAACAAAUGAUCUCACGAAAAACUCCGAAGAUUUAUAUUGGAAAAUUCAUGAAAAUUACAAUCCUCAUAUAAAUUGGAUCAAUGAUAUAGCUAUUCUUAAACUAUCAUCAUCAUUAUAUUAUUCUAUUUAUCGUCAAAAAGCUGGUUUUCCAGUGACAAUUACGAAUCGAGCUCUAUAUCGUUUGACAGGAUGGGGAAAUAAUCCUGAAACUAAUCUCAUGUCAAGAUAUCUUCAGCAGAUAAAUGUUAAAACAAUUUCGCCAAAAAUUUGCAGGCCACAAUACUAUAAAGAAUAUUAUCUUGGUGAUUCGCAGCAUUGUUUAUUUCCACGUAUAACAACAGCACAAAUAACUUGGGGUAAUGGAGGCAGCCCGGUCAUGAUGGCACGAAAAAUUAUUGGAAUUAUUUCUACUAUUCCAUUGGAUUCUCAACAGUACCCUGUUAUUUAUACUUUCAUUCGUCCUUACAUUGAUUGGAUUAAAGAAAUUGAGAAAAAAUUUGAAUGCUAA